CCGAGGGAAAACUUCAAACACCAACGCCAUAGUUACUUUUUGUUUUUUGAAUUUAAUUUAAUUUAAUUGAAUAAGAGUAUGGAUCGCACAACUAUUGCGCCCUGGAAGGCCGAGGAGAAGGAGCAGAGCGAGAAGCUGCACAGGAAGCUGCAGGGAUUGGCUCUGGUGCAUCCCAUGCCCGAUGACCUACGCAAGUUGAUUGCCUGGGACAUGUUCCUGAAACCCAACCAAGUGGCCUUCGUUCACGUGAUGCACUACCUCUUCCGACUGCUCGAUCCCGCGGAGUUCAAGCGGCGCUUCUUCUGGCCCAUCACGGACAAGAAGUCGGAGGCCAACUUCAGGUCCAGCACAGUGGAGUACCUGAAGCAUCUGAACGAAAAGCACCAGCUGCACUGGGCCAACAUCAAGUCCUAUCUGGUGGUCAUGCCCGGUGGCAUGAGGUUCAUCAACUUUCUGCUUGAGUUCGUGGGUUUUGUGAUCCAGGAGCAGAUCAAACAGCGCGAGAAGUCACUCGGCCUGGAGGCGGGAACCCCUUAUGUGUGCGCCAAGGUAAUGGCCCGCCAAAAUGCCGUGAUGAAGGAGUACUCCUCCGGGUAUGUGGCCAAUCUGGAGGAGAAUACGGUCCUGUUGCGCCAAAAAAUGCAGAAGAUCAGGCGACAGAUAUCGGAACUAUCAACGGACAUGGGAGUGCCCGAGGAGCAGCUGGUGGACGAUGGUUUCCUGGACGAAUUCGAGGCCCAUGCCGCACUCGGCGUGGAGCGGGUGCAAACCCAACCAACCGACAGGAAAGUGGACCUGGAGAAAUCUCUAUGUGGCCUCAAGGAGGCCAUCGAACAGUUCCAAUCCAAGCAGGCGGAGCACAAUCAGAGCAGGGAGGCGGUAGACAAGGCCCUGCGGGGAUUGCGAGUGCUAUUCGACUGUGAUCUUGUCACAGAAGGUGACUUUUACGAUCCCUUGGGUGGCUCCAGGAUGAAAGCCCUUGUGAACGCGUUCAAUCGGAUCAGUAGCCCGAUUGCCGAUCAGUUGGAUGCCAACGACCACUACAACGAAUCAAAUGCGUUUGUCACCACCGAGUUGCAGGCCCUUCGCGAGGAACUGACCCAGACCGAAGUCCAGCUCAACAACAUAUUUAAAAAGCUAAAUGAGCCGAUCAAAAAGGAGAAGGAAAGUGCCAGUGGAAGUGGAAGUGCCUCCGCCAGGGGGCAGUUGCAUCCGCCGGCCACGCCUCGUUUUGAUUCAGUUAUCAGCUCCAAGUUUGUCUCCACUCCUCCCAUCAGGAUCGACUUAGCCGGCGGCAUUGGCCGCAAUGCUCCAGUUCGUCUGGCACUGCAGGACGAUUUUAAUGACAAACAGUUCGAUGCGUUAAGCAAUAGUUUGCUUGCACCUGCGCCGCCUCGAUCAGCACGAAAGCCAAAAAUCCUUGAUCAGUCGACUGGCACUGACUUGAAUGGCACUUUAAACCGAUCCAAGAUCAACGAUCCAAUGCAAAUGCUGCGCACCAUUCACAAGAAUACAUCCAAAGUCAAGACGGCGCCGCAGCCAAAUCUCUCCGCUCUCGGAAGCAAGUGGAAGCAAAUGCAGGCUUCCUUUGGCUUCGAUGAGCCACCGGUGUCAGGAGCAGCGGCUAUCUCCCCGCAGAGGUCACCUGCGGAUCCCAGCGAUCCCUUUACACCGCUGAACGGCAGCGAGUGCACCCGCAUCGAACGUAUUCCGCGCACUUCGGAAAACAACAGCUCGCUGAUCGCCAAGAAUGCAGCGGUGAUGAAGGUUCUCCAGGUGUCUCGGAAUGUCUUGAAUCUCAGCACCUCACCAUCUGGUCGACUGGAUGCGCUUGUACCUCCCAGCGACAGCCAACAGCAAGAUACUCCUCGUCUUCAGCUUAACGACAGAUCAUUUAAUGACUCGCUGUCACUUGAACCCGAUUUAAACGCAGAAAACGACCAGAAUGCAUUAAAUGUCUCGCACAAGUUUGGUUUUGAUCAGAUCGGAGGUGAUGACGAUCUGCAAAACAUCAGCGAUAGUGUGCUUAAAGAUAUUAUAGAUUAGUGAAAG